UGUGCUUGAAUUAAGGCGAGAAAUGGGCAACCAUUAUCUGAGUAGCAACACACUGUGAUAUUUUGUUUUCCCUAUUAUUUAUCUGUUUUUUCUCUAUAAUUUGCAAGAUAUUGACCGGUUUAAGAUUAAGCCGAUUAUCAGUCUUGUAAAAACGGUAAUUACUUUACAAAAAGGUCUACAUUACUUGUAUGAACACAGUUAGUUGUGCUGUCAAGUGUAUCCACGGAUUUGAUUGUAGAGACUGCAAAUGUCCAAUAACAAAAAACAAUUGAUGCACACGUGAAUUGACUAAUCUAUUUACAGCGGUUUAACCGCAUUAACAGUUUAGUCAACAUGUCGGCAAAGCUAGCUGAUCGCAUUGACCCAUUUACAGCGAAAGCAGCCGUUAAAUCCAAGAAACAAAAGCGAUCACAAGGUUCAUCACACUAUCGAGCAAAUACUGCACCAGAACUCCAGGCUUUACCUCAUUUGAAAGACACACCACAGACUGAACAGCUUGAGCUGUUCAUCAAGAAACUACAACAAUGCUGUGUUGUAUUUGAUUUUAUGGACCCUGUAACAGACCUGAAGAGCAAAGAAAUAAAGCGUGCAGCACUCAAUGAAUUAGUGGACUAUAUCACUGCAACUAGAAAUGUUCUUACAGAGCCUGUGUACCCAGAAAUUGUUCGCAUGAUCGCCUGCAAUAUCUUCCGAACUCUUCCUCCUAAUGAUAACCCUGAUUUUGACCCAGAGGAAGAUGACCCAACUCUUGAAGCAUCGUGGCCUCACUUACAAAUAGUGUAUGAGUUUUUUCUGCGCUUUCUAGAAUCUCCUGACUUCCAGCCCAGUUUGGCUAAAAAGUAUAUAGACCAAAGAUUUGUUCUUCAGCUUCUAGAACUAUUUGACAGUGAAGACCCACGUGAAAGAGAUUUUCUCAAGACUGUUCUUCAUAGAAUAUAUGGAAAAUUUUUGGGCUUAAGAGCAUUCAUAAGGAAGCAGAUUAAUAAUAUAUUUCUCAGGUUUAUUUAUGAAACUGAGCAGUUUAAUGGUGUGGGAGAACUCCUAGAAAUAUUGGGGAGCAUUAUCAACGGGUUUGCAUUGCCACUGAAAGCAGAACAUCGUCAGUUUCUAAUGAAAGUACUAAUUCCCCUGCACAAGUCUCGCAGCUUAAGUCUGUAUCAUGCUCAGCUUGCAUAUUGUGUUGUUCAAUUUUUGGAAAAAGAUGCUUCAUUAACAGAAGAUGUGAUAAAAGGAUUAUUGAAGUUCUGGCCAAAGACGUGCAGCCAGAAAGAGGUCAUGUUUUUAGGUGAAAUAGAGGAAAUUUUGGACGUCAUUGAACCUACUCAGUUUCAGAGGAUUCAGGAUGAUUUGUUUCGCCAGAUAGCUAAAUGUGUUUCAAGUCCUCAUUUUCAAGUUGCAGAAAGGGCAUUGUAUUUCUGGAAUAAUGAGUACAUAAUGAACUUGAUUGAAGAAAAUUCUGGCAUUGUGCUCCCUAUUAUGUUUCCUGCUCUCUACCGCAUUUCCAAGGAACACUGGAAUCAAACAAUAGUGGCACUUGUUUACAACGUCUUGAAAACUUUCAUGGAAAUGAACAGCAAACUGUUUGAUGAGCUUACAGCAAACUACAAGGCUGAAAGACAAAAAGAGAAGAAAAAAGAGAAAGAUAGAGAAGAACUCUGGAAGAAAUUGGAUAGGUUGGAAAUGAAUAGCAAGAAAACAAAUAAGAAAUCUUAACGUCAUUGAUCUGUAUAUGUGUUAUGGAGGUGUGAAAGGCAAAGAGAGCCAUUUGUUAAUACAUAUUUAUUUUAUCAUCAUCAUUAUUAAUAUAAAUAUUAUAAAUAGUGAUUUACAAAUACAAAGUAAUUUGUUCCCUUUUUUUAUUGUUUAAUUUUGUUUAUAUUUUUUAAAAAUAUUUUUGUUUAGAUUUAAGGCUGAACCUUUGAUGUCAGUGUUGAAAGAUGAAUAUUCAUUGGUGUGUGAAUGUGGAUAUGUAUGGGUGUAUAUAAACAUAUAUACAUGCAUGCAUAAACACAUGCAUAUGCUUGGGGGGGGGGGGAGGCUGUAGAGCUUGUAAUUUCAUCAAUUGACCAAUGUGCCAAAAUUUUCAGCAAAUAGGUGAAACUUUCCAUUGAUUAGUCUACAUUAAGAUAAUUAAACAGCAUCUCUAUAGGUGGGGAGAGCUCCAUUUAAAAACUGUUGAGUCCAUCUUUUAUGUAGUUGGGGAGGGGGUGUUCAUUAAAAAAUAUCACAGCAUUGUCUUUUUUAGAUCCAUGUGCUGUUGACAUAGUUAUUUGAUUUGCUCUCAAGAGUUUUUGCUGAUAGUUCUUUAACAGGCCAUCCAUUGUCCCUAUUUGUGAUGACUCAUUGUACAGUACUAGUGAAUGAAUGUCUGAUUAGUGUGGUCCACUUAUUUAAUGGGGUAUUUUAAAGCUUUGGUCAGUUGUCUAUGUGCCCUUUGGUUUGCUGCCUUGAGCUGCUGUAGUUUGUUCAUUGACCUGCAAUAAUCCAGCGUGCUUGUGUAAAUGAUCCAUCACUCUCCUACUGUAGUCACUUUAUUUUAGUAGUUGAAUGUUUUCAUUUCACCUAUUUUCACUUUGUAUAAAUGAAUGUCAUCUUAUUUAUUCACAUUUUAAAUUUUCCCCUAAAAUACUACCCCCCUCUAUCAAAUAUUUCCCGUCUGAAAAUGUUAGAAAUUGAUCUUUGAUUUCAAGCCAUUUAGAACUUACCCACCAUGUAGAAACUGUGUGCUCAUUUCCAUGCUUGUUGUAGAACCAACCUUAGGCCAGAUGGUUUUAAACUUGUGUGUGAUGUUUUUUUUUUUUGCAGCACAUCUCAUUUAGUUGAAUGGACAAGCACAAGACGUCUGUUUGAUUUCCUUUUAACUCAUCACUUGUAACACUCAGCCAUCCUUGUCCUGGUGGCCCACUUAAGGAAGUGAGAAUAUGUGCUCAUUACAUUUAAACAAUUGUUUUAAUAAUGUGCUGCUCCCCUGGUUGGUAUAUAUUUUUAUUUGUCACCUUUGGAAGAUGUGUUCCAGUCUAGAGGUUGUGCAUCUGACGGCUCAAAUAAUUUCCUUAGCUGGAAUGUUUGACUGAUGGACAGAAACAUUUUUUCUCUGUUUACCUUGUUAUUUUUGACCUAUCAGCAAGUUUGAAUGCUUGUGUAGUAAGCAAUCAGUCCUCCAGUCUACACUGGCUUGACCUGAGAAAAAAGCUUGAAUGCAGUGGGAUGCUAGACUAUAGUGAGACCUGACACAAUCAGUAUUGAUGGUUCUAUCCAUACUGCACUCAAGAUUUUAUUCACUAUUUAGAAACCAUUUGCUUGAUUUUCUAACUAUUCAUGCACAAUUUUUCUAACUUGAUCAACUAAUAUAAAUAGAGAAUAUUUUUUUUUUUCAAAUGAAAAAUAAUUCUAUAUAAUUAUACACCUUAGGAUACAAAAAGUCUUAGCCAUUGUCUAAUUAUUUCUUAAUUUUAUAUUUGUAUUUAAGAGAUAAGUUCUUAAAUUGUUUCAUAACUUUUUAAAAAAGGAUGAAAUGUUUUUACAGUGUGACAUUGAGUGGCUGAAUUUGUAUCACUCUUUAUUAUCUUGUGUUCUGUGAAUUUAACUGGAGUGACCAUUGGUGUAUUAUAUUGACAUAAUGCAAUGACUUUUUCCCUCCUGUUCAUGCUUGACUAGAUUGUACAUGUAUUUGGACUGUUCUUUUGUAGAUGCUUAAAUGAAGCAAAUGUUACAUACAUUAAAAAUCCUAUAUCGUC